GCGGGCGCAAAGCACCUGGGUCUUCGCAUUUCGUUAUAAAAUGACGGAGCUCGAUUUCCAAAUCAUGCCGAGGAAAAUUCUUGAAAAUGGGUUUGCUACCGGAAAAUAAGUUCGAGCGUCGUUUUCGUCUUCUCCACCUCGCCCUUCUCUCUCUCUUUCCCUCGGCUUUCUCCGAGAUCUUCUUCGAGGAGCGCUUCGAAGGUGGGUGGAAAAGCAGAUGGGUUUUGUCUGAUUGGAAGAAGAGUGAAGGAAAAGCCGGAACCUUCAAGCAUACGGCAGGAAAAUGGCCCGGAGAUCCCGAAGACAAAGGCAUUCAGACGUAUAACGAUGCCAAGCAUUAUGCGGUAUCUGCAAAGAUUCUUCCGGAGUUAAGCAACAAGAACAGGACACUGGUGGUCCAAUACUCCAUCAAGUUCGAACAAGACAUUGAGUGCGGCGGCGGUUACAUCAAGCUUCUCUCCGGUUAUGUCAACCAGAAGCAGUUCGGGGGUGACACUCCUUACAGUCUGAUGUUUGGACCAGAUAUAUGCGGCACCCAGACGAAGAAGCUUCAUGUCAUUCUUUCGUAUCGGGGACAGAAUUACCCCGUCAAGAAAGAUUUGCAAUGCGAAACUGACAAGCUAACCCAUUUUUACACGUUUAUUCUCCGGCCUGACGCUUCUUACAGCGUUCUGGUUGAUAAUAGAGAGAGGGAGUUCGGCAGCAUGUACACCGACUGGGACAUUCUUCCUCCGAGAAAAAUAAAAGAUUUGAACGCAAGGAAGCCACUGGAUUGGGACGACAAAGAGUAUAUCAAUGACCCCAACGAUGUCAAACCCGAGGGUUAUGAUUUGAUCCCGCGUGAAAUUCCCGAUCCAAAAGCGAAGGAGCCCGAGGACUGGGACGAGGAAGAAAACGGUACAUGGAAACCUCCCAAGAUCCCGAAUCCGGUGUACAAAGGUUCUUGGAAAGCUAAGAGAAUCAAGAAUCCGAACUACAAGGGUAAAUGGAAGAUUCCAUGGACCGAUAACCCGGAAUUUGAGGAUGACCCGGAUCUCUACGUGAUGAAACCGAUAAAAUACGUGGGUAUCGAAGUAUGGCAGGUGAAGGCCGGUUCUGUCUUCGACAACAUCUUGAUCUGUGAUGACCCGCAAUACGCUAGAAGCAUCGUGGAUGAAUAUUUCGCCAACUACCGGCAGGCCGAGAAGGAGGCAUUUGCGGAAGCCGAGAAAGAAAGAAAAGCUCGAGAAGAUGAGGAAGCUCGGAAAGCGAGAGAAGACGGCGAACGAAGGCGGAGAGAAAGGGAUAGCCGAUAUGGAGACCGGAGACGUUACAAAAGGCACCAUCCUCGUGAUUACAUGGACGAUUACCAUGACGAACUUUAAGCCGCGGGCUGGCAUACCGACCAAAUAUCAAAUUCCGGUUAGAUUGGUUCGGUUUAGAUCGGUUUAAUGGAAACCCUAUAGAAUCCGAGUAUAGAAAGGCUUGCAUUCCUCGACUCGGUUCCCAAACGAAUGGAAACCGGAAGUCACUUUGUCUUCAUGCGAUCUGUGUUAUAAAACAAUUACGAUAAUGAAUGUAAUUAUUUGUUGAAGUGUCAAUUAUAAAUUUGAAUACUUUUAAUGUUA